UGGGGGGGGUCCCCAGUACCCGAACGGGGACCGGAGAUGGGGGGCGGGGGGCAAGGGGAGAGGGUACCGGGAGCCCCCGCAGAGCCAGGGCAGCCCCUCCCGGCACGGGGAGGGGGAUGGAAACGAGGAGGGAGGGAGGGGGCCGGUACCCUACCCCCGGCUGGGGUGCAAUGGGGAGGGGGGGUCCGUGUCCCCCCCCCCCCCCCGCGGCCCCAGGCUUUGUCCGGGCUUUAAUUGGAAGUGUCAGAGGGGUGCGGGCCGUGACGGGCCGAGCGGGGCUAAUCCAGCCCUCCGCAUGACUGGUCCGGGGAAACCGCGGCCGGGGGGAUUAAGCGCCCCCCCCCCCCGCUCCCUUCCGUGCCCCCCCCCUCCACAAAAGGGGCUCCCAGAGCGGCUCAGCCACCACCCCCGGGUGGGGGACAGCGGGGACAGCGCCUUGGCCCUGCCAGAGCCACGAGGUGGCACCCCCCGGGCACCCCCGGGCACACCACGCCGCCCCCCACGCCCCCCCCCAGCCCCCUCUCGCCCCGUGUCCCUCCGUCCCCUGCUCCUUCCUCUGCCCCCCGACGUGAGGGGCCGGGACGCCCCCACGGGGCUGCAGCCCCCCGGGUGCCCACGGCCGUGUUCCUGGGGGACGGGGUCGGUGUCCGGGACAGCUCCGGGUACGCACCGGGACAGGGCUCCGCGGGCACCGGAGCGGCCCCGGGGCGGUCCCGGCCCCGCGUCUCCCACCCCAAAAAUAUCGGGGGUCCCGGGCCGGCGUCCUCGGGCUGUCCCGAGCUGUCUCGGGUCUCUGCUCACCCCGUGUGCCCCGAGCUGCCCAGGGUCUCUGCUGUCCCCAUGUGCCCUGGGACUGUCCCGGGCUGUCCCGGCUUCUCCAGGGCUGUCCCGGGUCUCCGCUCUCCUCGGGCGCUCGGAGCUGUCCCGGGAAUUCCCGGCUCUCCACUCCCCCGUGUGCCCGAGGCUGGCCCAGGAAAUCCCGGGCUAACCCGGGUCCCCGCUCCCUCCGCGCGCCGGGAGCUGUCCCGGGUUGUCCCGGGACUCUGCUCCCCCCUUGCGCCCGGAGCUGCCCCGGCCCGGCCCGGGACGCCGUUCCCCGUUCCCCCCCGCCGGUGCCGGUGCAGCGGGAGCGCGGAGCCGGGCGGGGGGCGUUCGGGGGCAGCCGGGGGGGGCCCGGCCGCGCUGUCGGCACGGGGUCGGGCGGCGGCGGGCCGGGACGCAGCCACCCGCCGGGCUAAUCCGGGCCGUGACGGACAGGCCCGGCGCCGCCGCUCCGGCCGCCCCAUAAGAGGUGCCGCGGCUCCGCCGCUCCCCAUUGUUAGGGCGAGGACGCGGGACCGGCCCAUGGGGACCCUGCGCGCCGCCCCUAUAAGAGGGAAGGGGCUGGAAGAUGCUCCCGGGUGCUGAGCGCUGCGCACCCGCCGAGCCGAGCCGAGCCGCGCCGCGCCGCCACCCCGGGGAGCCGCCGAGCACCGGCACCGGGCACCGGGCACCGCGCACGGGCCGCCCGACGCCGCGCGCCCGGGGCCCCGGGCACCGGCCCCGGUGCCGGUGCCGGUGCCGCCCGCUCGGCGCUGUCCGCGGCCCCUCCGCGGCCGCCCUCGGCGGAGCCGCCCGCCCUGCCCGCGCCCCGCGCGUCCGGAAACACGCGUGGAUGUAGCGGCCGGGCCGGGGGCUCCGCGGCACCAUAAAUACCCCGGCGGCCGCUCGCCCGCGCACUCUGCCGGGGCCUCCCGCGGCCGCCGGAGCCAUGCGAGCCGCCGCGCUGCUGCUGGCCCUCCGCACGCUCUGGGCGCUGGCGUUUUCCUCCCUCUCCAACACGCUGGCGGUGAACAACAGCGGGCGAUGGUGGGGCAUCAUCAACGUGGCCUCCUCCACCAACCUGCUGACGGACUCCAAGAACGUGCAGCUGGUGCUGGACCCCAGCCUGCAGCUGCUGAGCCGCAAGCAGCGCAAACUGAUCCGCCAGAACCCCGGCAUCCUGCACAGCGUCAGCUCCGGCCUCCAGACCGCCAUCAAGGAGUGCAAGUGGCAAUUCCGCAACCGCCGCUGGAACUGCCCCACCUCCCAGGGCCCCAACAUCUUCGGCAAAAUCGUCAACCGGGGCUGCCGGGAGACGGCGUUCAUCUUUGCCAUCACCAGCGCCGGCGUGACGCACUCGGUGGCCCGCUCCUGCUCGGAGGGCUCCAUCGAGUCGUGCACCUGCGAUUACCGGCGCCGUGGCCCUGGGGGGCCCGACUGGCACUGGGGGGGCUGCAGCGACAACAUUGACUUCGGGCGGCUCUUCGGGAGGGAGUUUGUGGACUCCAGCGAGAAGGGCCGCGACCUGCGCUUCCUCAUGAACCUGCACAACAACGAGGCCGGGCGCAUGACAGUCUUCUCCGAGAUGCGCCAGGAGUGCAAGUGCCACGGCAUGUCGGGCUCGUGCACCGUGCGCACGUGCUGGAUGCGGCUGCCCACCUUCCGCGCCGUGGGCGACGUCCUCAAGGACCGCUUCGACGGCGCCUCGCGGGUCAUCUACGGCAACAAGGGCAGCAACCGGGCCUCGCGGGUGGAGCUGCACCACCUGGAGCCCGAGAACCCGGCACACAAGCCGCCCUCGCCCCACGACCUCGUCUACUUUGAGAAGUCGCCCAAUUUCUGCACCUACAGCGGGAAGAUGGGGACGGCGGGCACGGCCGGGCGCUUCUGCAACAGCUCCUCGCCGGGGCUGGACGGGUGCGAGCUGCUGUGCUGCGGGCGCGGGUACCGCACGCGGACCCAGCGCGUCACCGAGCGCUGCAACUGCACCUUCCACUGGUGCUGCCACGUCAGCUGCCUGAACUGCACCAACACCCAGGUGCUGCACGAGUGCCUGUGAGCCCCCCGCGCUGCCCCAGAGGGGGUCUGCGCCGCCCCCAUGACGGGUGCCCGCUUGGAUGGAAGGCGCCCAUGGGCGGGUGUGUGGCUGCGCCCUGGGACACCCCUACCCGGAGCAGAGCAGCCACCCCAGGGCCAGCAGCCAACCUGGGUGUCCAGCGCCGCGCGUGGUCACGGCUGCCCCCGGCCCCUGCUGGCUCCGCGGGGUUUUCUUCUCGCUGUAAAUAAAAUAUUUAUUGUGGACGGUUUGAUGCCGGGGCUCCCCACUCGCCCCGCGCUUCGCUGGCCCCAGGCCCUGUUUUUUUAUAAUUACAGAUAAUAAUAAUUAAUAAUAAUAAUAAUAAUAAUGCUUUGUUACAGGUGUCACUGAUAGCCUCUAGAGAAGAAUAAAGGAUAUAUUU